CAGACUUCUCGUUUCACGAUCACCUAUGUUCACGAUUAUUAAGUCAUUAUUGUCAUUUGUCAUACAACAAUCGACAAGUGGACAAGUAAACAAUACAAUUCAAUUAGGAAUAAUUAAAGAUUAUAAGGUGCAAGUCAUUGCUUUGCUUUAUAAGAAGGCAUAAUUGAAUUCAAAUAGCAUUUAGCAAUUCUACUAGUUCACUUCAUUUCUAGUGUUAUAACUUUGCAACAAGUGGGUUCCGGAAUUUCACAAUGCCUACAAAAGCAGUUUGCGUUCUCAAUGGGGAAGUUAAGGGUACAGUAUUUUUCAAUCAAGCGAACUCGACAAGUCCCGUGGAAGUCACAGGAGAAAUAACCGGCCUCCAAAAAGGACUCCACGGUUUCCAUGUCCACGAAUUCGGAGACAACACCAACGGGUGCAUUUCCGCCGGUCCCCAUUUCAAUCCUCGCAACGUGGAGCAUGGUGGCCCAGAUCAUGAUAUUCGCCACAUUGGAGACCUUGGAAACAUUCAAGCUACUGAUAAUGGUGUAGCAAAGGUCAACAUUAAGGAUAAGUUCAUUUCCUUGGAAGGGGAGAACAGUAUCAUUGGUCGUACUGUAGUUGUUCAUGCUGAUCCUGAUGAUUUAGGACAGGGUGGACAUGAACUCAGCAAAACUACUGGUAAUGCUGGUGGCAGAUUGGCAUGUGGAGUCAUUGGAUUGGCAAAAAUAUAGAUUGGGCAUGCAUAUUCCAUGUGUUAUUAAAUAUUUGUAAAACUUUAUUGUUGAACUAGGUACUGAAUCAUUCAUCAUUGGGAACUAUAAUUAGAAAUAUAGCUUAUAUUAAGUAGUAUUUGUUUCCUUAUUUGAAGCUGAAAAAU